CGGGUGUCUAUCGUGAAUGCAGCCGAAGAGUUAACCAACAUACCAACCAAAGCGCGGCGAAAUCGUCUAAUCUUGGUUUUUGUUAUUGUCAAUCUUGUCAAUAAAUAUUUGACGUAUCGGCUAUCGAAUCGAAUUCUAUUGUCACCGCUCACCGCCACGAACUACUCUUCAUUCUAUCUAGUAUCACGACAAGACACUACUGACUGGAGAAUUGGAGGUCUGGAGGUCAUUUUUUUAUAUAACACCGACACUAGUGAAAUUGUCUCUCUUUCUUAAAUAUGCCCCCUUUAGCAGCACAAAAAGAAACAGCUCCAAGCCUUGAUUCAGCCACAUCAGAUGUGGGGAUCAAGGCUGUCUUAUUGGGCCCCCCUGGUUCAGGCAAAGGCACUAUGGCAGGAUGGUUGAAAACCAAAUUCUGUGUGUGUCACCUUUCUACUGGGGAUAUGCUCCGGGCUGAAAUAUCUUCUGGAUCUGAACUUGGCUCUAAACUUAAAAAAGUUAUGGACGAGGGCAAGUUGGUUAGUGACGACUUGGUUGUCGAUAUGAUUGAUAAAAAUUUGGACACACCUGAAUGCAAGAAUGGAUUUCUACUUGAUGGAUUCCCAAGAACUGUCGUUCAAGCAGAAAAGCUUGAUGAUUUGCUAGAGAAAAGGCACACCCAACUAGAUGCCGUUGUUGAAUUUGGAAUUGAGGAUAGUCUUCUCUUCCGGCGUAUUACAGGAAGACUCAUCCAUCCUUCCAGUGGUAGGUCGUACCACGAAGAGUUUGCACCUCCUAAGCGCCCAAUGAUCGAUGAUAUUACUGGAGAACCUUUGACAAGAAGGUCUGAUGACAAUGUUGAGGCUCUAGUAAAGCGAUUGAGUUCUUAUCAUAAUCAAACUAAACCAUUAGUGGACUACUAUCAAAUCAGAGGUAUCCACUAUCGUGUUGAUGCUUCCCAAGCUGCCAAAGAUGUGUUCAAAAACAUAGACAAUAUAUUUACUAAAAAAUCUGCCUCUAGACUCUCGUCCAGACUAUGAGAAGGCACUAUGAUAUGUUAGCACCAUAAAAAAUGCAUUUUAAAUUUUUUCAGUUUUUCGAUAUUCAUUAUCUAAUAUUUUUUGGUUAAAACAGCGCCUACCCAUGAUCGAUCUCUGUUAAAAUCAGUUUGGCAAUAUUUUUCUAUGAUUACUGUUGUUUUAAUAA